AACUGCGGCGGUCAAUCGUCUAAUCUUUUCACCAGCUGAGAGGGGAUCCUAAUCGAAAUUCUUAUGACCCAAUCGGCAAUGACCCCGGUUUAUUUUCCCAGCCCCUUCCAAAACUAAUACACAAGGUUAUACAAUCAGUGCGGAACGAAAUCGAUACUAGCUCGGAGUCGAUCUUGAAACUUAUUACGUUGAUUGGAGAUUCAAAGAUAGCAGGGACCGUUGAGUCUGUCCUGGAUGCUAUGAAAAACUGCUAUGAGCUGGCUGAUCACAUUUUUUGUGCACCGGACGCGCCUCAAAUCCUUUCAUCCACGCGGGGAUUGCUUUCUACACUGCACCGAGCACUACACGAGCAUCUGCAUGCCUGUCGUGGGAUUCAGGGAGCACGGAACAUCUCGAGCAGAUUCCCCGAUGAGCUGCCUCGGAUAUUUCUAUCACGGGAAUGGAGCAUUGAGACAUCUUCGCAUGUCACAGCGUCGCGUGUGGAUAGGAUGAUCACUCUGAUGACAAGUGUCACCGACCUUUUAGAAUCGUCGCUGAAAGGGGAUCCUCCGGGCCAACAAUCUUCAACUGCCUAUGAUCCAAUCGGCAGCGACCCCCGUUCAUUCUCCAAGCAACUUCCAACACUGAUACGCGAAGUUGUUCUAUCGAUGCCAAAUGAAAUUGCUUCUAAAUCAGAGUCGAUUUUGAAACUUACCCCAUUGAUUGGAGAUUCAAGGGUAACAGGAGCCGCUAAGUCUGUCCUGAAUGCUAUAAAGGAUUGUUAUAAGUUGGCCGAUCACAUCUUUUGCGCGCCUGGUGCACUUCAAAUCCUUUCAUCCACACGGAGAUUGCUUUCUACGCUGCACCAGGCACUACAUGAGCACCUUCAUGCCUGCUAUGGGAUUCAAGGAGCACGGAUAAUCUCGAGUAAUUUCUCCGACUGCCUCGGAUCUUUCUGUCAUGGCGGCAGCGUGUUCAAACGUCUCCGCUGAGCACAACGUCCCGUGUGGAAGGGAUGGCAAUCCGAAUAACAAGCAUCACCACCCUCCUAGAAUCAUCACUGCAGGGGAAUCCUCCAGUGAACCAAGAACCUUCAAUUACCUAUGACCCAAUUGGAGACAACCCCAGUUCAUUUUCCAAGCCCCUUCCCAUACUGAUA